UCUUUUCGAAGACAAGCUCAUCGCAAGCCAUAUUGGAAGGCAGCCAUAUCAAUGGUAGCCUGAAGCUGUUGCCCAAUGCUAGGCUCAUUGGGGUUGUUCAGCACUUCACAAGCCGAGGAGACUGUUGGAUGGAUGGUGGGGAAAUGUUGACAAAUCAAGCAACUCGGAUCGUCAACGUCAUCGAGCUAGACGCCCAUUGACAUUCCCCUCAUCAACACCACGAUUUACCCCGCCAGUUCUCGUGUUGAUAUUGAGAAAACUAAUCCUUUGAGGAAGCUCAAUUCAGCUAGGCGUACAGAUUCAACGAAACACCACAAGUUACAGCGACAAGAAACCAGAAAGUCACAAUGGCACCAAAGACCAUGAAAGCAGUCGACAUCAAAAACGGCAAAGGCCCCGCCGACAACCUUUUCAUAAACCCCGACACGCCUCUCCCCCAAGCCCAGCCCGGCCAAGCCCUCGUCAAAGUCAAAGCCUUCGGCCUCAACCGCAUGGACCUGAUCCAGCGAGAGGGCCACUACCCGCUUCCGCCCCAGGCGCCCAGCACUUUGGGCGUCGAGUUCUCAGGCGUCAUCGACUCCUUCGGCGAGGGUGGUGACCACGGCGACUUCCAAGUCGGCGACGAAGUCUUCGGCCUAGCCUACGGCGGCGCCUACGCCGAGUACAUCGCCGUGUCGUCCAAGAUGCUGCUGCACAAGCCUGCGCACCUGAGCUUUGAGCAGGCGGCGGGCGUGCCGGAGACGUGGAUCACGGCGACGCAGGCGUUGCACUUUGUGCUGGGCGGGAUCGGCGAGCAGGGGAAGACGAUCUUGUGGCAUGCUGGUGCUUCGGGGGUGUCGAUUGCGGGCAUUCAGCUCUCUAAGCUGGCUGGCGCGAAACAGAUAUUUGCGACGGCGGGCACGGCCGACAAGUGCAAGUUUAUCGAGAACGAGCUGGGCGCGACGGCGGCGAUUAACUACAAGGAGCAGGACUGGGUGGAGGAGAUCAUGAAGAAGACGGAUGGCAAGGGUGUUGACUUGAUUGUUGACUUUAUCGGCGCCAGUUACUUCCAGAAGAACCUGGAUGUGGUAGCUCGUGAUGGGCGCAUCUGCAUGCUGGGGCUCAUGGGCGGUGCGGUAGCCGAUAAGGUGGACAUCUCCAAGCUGCUGUACAAGAGAGCUCGCGUGGAAGGAAGCACCUUGAGGAGUCGGGAUGAGAACUAUCAGCGCCAGCUGAGGGACAAGUUGAGCGAGUACCUGCCCAAGUUCGAGAGCGGUGAUCUCAAGAUCUUUAUUGACACUGUUUUGCCCUUGGAGGAGAUCGUCAAGGCUCACAAGCAGCUCGAGGCGAAUACGACCAUGGGCAAGAUUAUCUGCACUGUCUCAUAGAUGACAGUAGCAGCACGGGACUGGAAACUGUCUCUAUUUAUCUUGAGGCCAUUUGCCUACCAGCGUUGCAAGCAAAUCAUCAAGAUACCCCUUUGUCAUCUCCUUAACCUGCAAUAAAACC